AUGGAGGUCUAUAAUGCAUCUGUCAUUUCUGAUGAUAAUAGCGACAAAUUGAAGGCCGAGGAGGCCCUGAAGGAGCUGUUGGACAAGUACGCUGAGUUGACUAAAGAAACCAACUUCGACUCCAAGACCUGUUGGAAUCGUCUUGAAUCCACCAUCCCCAAGAGGUCCAUUCAUGCGUGGGUGAAGGAUGCGGUCACUCCCGAUGACGUCGCCGUGGUGGACCUGGAUGCUCUCACUGAUGCGGGGUCCCUGAGCGCUGCUCUAAAACUGUCCAGUCCAUGGUAUAUCGGCGGAGAAAACCUCUCCAACUUGGAAAAUUAUGGGAUAUUCAACCCCGAUACCGAAUCUAUGAGCCUGACCAAUCUUCCGGUUAGGAGAUGGGUCGGCAAGAAUAAGAUCAAAACUGGUGUUGUUCGAAAUGCCGCUCAGAAUGGAUACGCCGGGCAUUUCCAUGGUUCGAAUGUUGACCCUCGUACCUUCCUUGCCUUUCAUGAGUAA